AUGACGCCAGACAGCGUCCUCCUGCGCGAGUCCAUCUCCGCGCAUCGGACACCGAGUAUGCACUGUGCCACGCCCCCGAGAUCCGCUGCCAUCAAUGGUAUGCAAAUGGAUUACCAAGGGAGCAAUGUUACGGAUUUCCUUCAUGCUAAUGGACAUGUGAUGCUUGAAAGAGUGGAUAACAACUGUAAUCUAAGAUCUUUCACUCGAAAAGAGAUAGACGAUAUCACCAAUGGGUAUAGCACCGUGCUGGGAGAAGGGGGAUUUGGUAAGGUUUACAAAGGAAGAUUAGAUGGUCUUCGUCCGGUUGCAGUAAAGAUAUACAAGAAUGGAACCAAGAAAAAAGAGUUUGCCAAAGAGGUGAUAGUGCAUUCCCAAAUAAAUCACAAGAAUAUUGUCAGACUGUUUGGUUGCUGCAUAGAGGAAAAUGCUCUUGCAAUUGUUAUGGAGUUUGUACACAAUGGCAACCUCUACAACAUCCUUCACUGCAGCAAUGCUAAAUGUUCUGUCCCCUUUCCUUUGGACAAACGUUUGGACAUCGCCAUUGAGUCAGCUGAAGUAUUAUCUUGCAUGCAUUCAAUGUAUAGUCCUAUUAUUCAUGGUGACAUCAAACCCGCUAACAUAUUGCUAGAUGUAAAUCUUCGGCCAAAGAUAUCAGAUUUUGGGAUAGCAAGAUUGCUUGCUGCUGAUGCGACUCGUCAUACCAGAUAUGUUGUUGGUUGUAUAGGUUACAUGGACCCUUUGUUCUGUCAGAGUGGGAUUAUAACUCCGUAUAGUGAUGUAUACAGUUUUGGAGUCGUUUUUCUGAAAAUCAUCACCAGAAAGAAAGCCGUCGACGGGGAUAUCCUUGCUCAAAGUUUUGACGAAGCCCUGAGAAAUGAGAAACAUGUGAGGCGAAUGUUUGACCGGGAAAUUGCGAAUGAUAAAAGGAACGAGAAAUUUCUUGAAGAUGUCACAAAACUAGCAGCUGAAUGCUUGAAAAUGGAGGACAAAAUGCGUCCAGAAAUGGCUGAAGUAGCGAACAAACUUAGGACAAUUAAAGGAGCUUACCACCAGUCCAAGGCCGGAAAUUCUACAGGACCUAGUUUUAUUGAAGCUGCUAGGCGAUGGCUUGCUCGAGGAACCACAGUCUUAGUGGAAGGUGGCUGUGAAAAAGUAUUUAAACAGACUUUCAAGAUUCUUCCAGAUGAGCAGCUGAAAAUAUCUCAUGUGUGCUGUCUAUCAACAUCUGCUGGUUCUCUCAUGGGAGUUAUGUACAUUUCUAAAGCUAAAAUGGCAUUCUGCAGUGAGAAUCCUCUUUCUUACAAAGUUGGAAAUGACACUAAAUGGAGUUACUACACGGUGAUCAUUCCUCUUCGUCGGCUAAGAACAGCUAAGUCUUCAGUGAGCACAUUAAAUUCUUCUGAAAAGUAUAUUCAGAUUGUGUCGGUUGAAGGGCAUGAGCUCUGGUUUAUGGGUUUUCUGAAGUACGACAAAGCAAUAUCCAGCCUGCAAGAAGCCCUUGUCAGUUCUCGUUAG